AUGCAGUCCCAUAGCCUCCUCCUCUUUGUCAUCAUUGUCCUCUUGACGACCCGUCAGGGCUUCUCUCAGCCUCUGGCCAGGAGCAAGUGCGCUUCGGCCCAGGCGAGCGACGGUGCGCUGCACAAGCGAGGUGCUUGCCUUUCCUCCAAGAAUAAGUAUGCUACCUCGGCCAACAAGGACACGAACAUCAAGCACACGAACACCAAGCACACGAACACCAAGCACACGAAUACCAAGCACACGAACAUCAAGCACGCGAAUGGCAAGGACGCGAACGUCAAGAGCAUGAACGUCAAGGACAUCGACCUCAAGGACGCGAUCGAGGACAUGAUCAUCAAGGAAACGAAGCUCAAGGAUACGAAGCCGAUCAUUCUGGAAGCCCGAGCGAUAUGUCAGCAAGCCCUCCUAUUCCCUCGCAGGGAUCGACCUCCACAGAACAUGGAGGAGUCAGAGAGGAGCGACAUUUCUUUCAACGUCAACGUUCCUUCAGAUUAUGGCCUUCACUCUGCGUCGUCCUCACCUGAGCGAUUCCCUGAGCACUUCCCUGAGCACUUCUCUGAGCACUUCUCUGAGCACUUCCCCAAGCAUUCCUCCGAGCACUCCUCUUCGCAUUCCUCUUCGGACUCCUCUUACUUGAGCUAUAAUUUGGAUCCAGAUGGGUACAUCAACGAAGGAACCGGAAACCUGGAGGGAGGCGAUCAUGGCAAGCAUCAGUGA